AUGCAUUGGAAUAGGGAUUGGGUGAAAGUAAGCACAAGUGCGGCCAAUUGUGAUGAAAACGAUAAGAAAAAAGCAUUGAAUGAAUUUAUUGAUAUAAAUGCCAAAAAUAACUCUUCAUUUAAAAUUUCAAAUCUUAAGCGUAAACGAAGAGCCAUUAGUAAACUAAAAACCAUUGAAACAGCAAUUUUUGUGGACAAACAUCUACUCAACAAAUAUAGUGGAAUGAGAUCUGAGUUAAUCCGACAAAUUCUUGCCAUUAUGAAUGAAGUGCAACUCAUUUAUAAUUUUAAAUCAAUGAAAACAAGGAUUAAGAUAGUGAUCGUUAAAUUGGUUUUUCUUAGUCAACCCGAUUCGGGUCCGGACACCGCUAACGGAGAUAUCGAUCAAUAUUUAGAUAAUUUCUGCAAUUGGCAGACGAAGAAGUGGAGACAACAAAAUUCAUCGCAUCGUUGGGAUCACGCGCUUAUGCUAACCGGACUCGAUUUGUAUAAACAAAACGGAGACACAAAAAACAAAAAAGUGUUGGGGUUAGCCUGGGUUAACGGUAUGUGCAAACCUACCUAUAGUUGCACUUUAAAUGAAGGCAAAAGUUUUGAGGCGGCAUUUGUUAUCGCACAUGAAAUGGGGCACAGUUUGGGUAUUUUGCAUGACGGCACUGGCAAUAAUUGUGAUGGCGAUAAAUUUAUAAUGUCUGAGAAAACUGGUCCUGGUAAGAUUAACUGGUCACCAUGCAGCAAUAUAUACUUGGACAAUUUUCUAACUAAAGCAAAUGCCAAGUGUUUAGACGAUGAAUCAUACCCUCCGAGUGCUGACUUGAAUUUUGAGAGAAGUAAUCGAUUGCCGGGCGAACAAUACCCACCUAACAAACAGUGUCUUUUAGCACUGGGAUCACAAUAUAAGACUUAUACUUCAAGUAAAGAGCCUUUUAAUGAUAUAUGUCGUGAAUUAUGGUGUUUAUCGGGUUCGUGGGCAACACCAGCACAUCCAGCACUGGAAGGCAGUACAUGUGGUGACUCAAAGAAGUGUACGCAAGGCGUCUGUCAAAGUUCUUCGGCUUAUGUAUCACAUCGUUCUGAUCAUACCUUAAGUCAUAAUUCUAAUAGAGUUAUGCGAUACGAGUCGACAGAAGAUUCAAGUAAUACAUUGCUUUCAAAUCAAUCUAACGAUACAACUAUGCGCUCAAAGAGUCUCUCGCGAACUCUUAUGGAUAGCAUUAAGGGAUUUCUACGGUCGGCCACAACCGGUGCUCAAGACUUCUUCAAACUAUUUACCGGUUAA